GGUGUUAAAACUUUCAUAAUUAUGAGCCAAGUACAAGAUUAAGUAGAAGGUUAUCAAUAGUCUCCCUAGCCAAGUACAAUAAGUAUUUGGGUUUCAUUUGUCAAAGCACUAAGUAGUUAGGUUUUUAAUUGUCCCCAAAAACGGUUGAAUCACAACUGAAAUAUCCAAUAAAAUUGGUAUAGUUAUAGUUCUAAUAUAUUUUAUUGUAGUACUAGAAAAUUGGGUUUAUCUUUCAAAAUUAUCAUUUUUAAUAAAGAAUUUUAAUGACUUCUAAAGUUGUCCAAAUUUUCUUAAAUACUUAAUUAAAAUAUAUUAUCUACCUUGGCUAAGCAGGUUUAGUUGAAUCAGCUUAUCAAAAAGUUUAUACUAUGCAUAUUUGAAAAUUAUAGUUAAAAUUGGGGGAUUUCUUUGAUAAUUUUUUUGAUUAUUCUUUCAAAAGAAGUGUUCUUUGUUGCUUUGUAAAGUAAAAACAUAUUUUCAGCAACUAUCUAAACUUUCAUCUCACCAGUGAGGAUAUAAUUUCCCGCCUUGCAAUUCCCUCUCCCAUCUCCCCUUUACCUACCCCCAAUCAAUCAUACAUAGAUAGAAGAAGUUCCGUGAGUAUGUAAAACUUUUUGAAAACAAAAAUUGGAGUAAAAUGUAAAUCAAAGAAGUCAAAUGGACACGACAAUAACGUCUUCAAUCAAACAAUAAUAAUAAUAAUAACAAACCAAAAGAGAUAACUAAUAAACAUACACAUCAAAGGUUUAGGUACAAAAAAAAAUUCAAAGAUUAAAGUCAUAGUUCUGUUUUACAUUGAGGGUAAAGCAGUUGAAAGUUUAAUGAAUGGAUCUUCUAGUGUUUAAUGUGGCUAAUUGUGGUUAACUCAACCAUAACUGGGUGUUCAUAUUUAUUUUAUGUAAUGACACGUAUUAAACUACUCAACAGAAGAAAAGAAGAAUAUUUAAGUUAUAUACGUUGACAAGGCUGAGUCAGCUUUCCAAUUAGCAAUACUUGGUGUGAUGGUGAAAAUUCCCUCAAAGACAAAUCUAGGUAGCCUGCCUUAGAUAUUUUACAUUUUAUCUGCAAAUUCAAGCCAAAUUAAAAUUUUCGAAUCACUUUAUGUCUAGGACACAUUAAUUUGAGAAAACUGAAGUAUCAUUCUUUUAUGAGCCAAAUGUAUCAGCUUUUGAUAAGAGACAAAGGGAAAAUUACAGUCUAAUACCUUUGAGUGAUCCAAUUUACAAAAUAUGUACACAAUAUACAGGUUGUGUAUACUUCUACUAAACAUAUCUAUACAUAACCAGUGUAUAUGGUGUGUAUUCUUCAAUCAUUUUUGUACAUAGUUUAUAAAUUAGUUGGCCAAACUGAAUAUAUUGGUCAGUGAAAGGUUCCUUCUUUUUUUUUUUUGAAAAGGUAACUUGUAUUAUAAACACAGGAAUACUCAGGACGUAUUCCAGUAAUACUUACAAUCAGAAAUACAAAAGUGAUGUUGUUUUCCUAUGAACUCCUUAAGGACUCUAACAUACUAGGGAUAUCCUCAUCUUCAUGAGGAUAUUCAUGUUUACAAUCAGAAAGGUUCCUUCUUUAGAAAAGACUAAAAUUGAGGUCUGCAUGCAGCUCUGACUAAAAACAAAGUAAGUGUUUUAAUUUAGAAACCUCCAAUAUAUACAAAGAAGUAUAAUGUCCAAGUCUCACUAUAGUUGCAAAUGGCAAGACAAGAGGACACAUUUGCAGGCCUUUGCCAAACCAAAUACUGUGAAAAUGACUAAUAUAAAGAGUUGCACCACCAAAACCAUUUGAAUAUUCACUUUUAAAACACACACACACAAAAAAAGUCAAUGAAAUAACAAAGCCAAGAAACAAUGCAGGCCUUAACCUCAUUAUAUCAGUGUACUCAACCACAUUGAUAUGACUCAAAGUCUCUCUAACAUUCACCCAAUUCAAGGAAAGUUCAACACUAUUGAGUGAAAGAGAUUGAAAGGUAAUACAAGAAAUGGGGAAGGCAAGCAAAUGGAUCAGAAACUUCCUAAUGGUGAUGGGGAAAAAGGAGGAAAGGGAAAAGAAAGAAUACAAAUCAAUAGAAAGUAUGGGCACCCCAACAACUCCAAAGGCGAAAAGGAGAUGGAGUUUCAAGAAAUCAUCAAGCAUGGAGAGAAAAAGCCACAAGAGUAACAGGUCUUUCGACUUAACUUUUGAUCACCAACUAAACACACAAGGUUCAAUGCUGGAGUUUGACAUGCUAGAGAAACACCACAAAGCAAGCCUAACAGCAAAAGGAGCUAUAAAACCAAAGGCAUACCUUACCAGACGUGUUAAGGAUGCAGCUGCCACCAAAAUCCAAGCUGUUUUCCGUGCUUAUUUGGCUAGGAAAGCAUUGCGCGCCCUAAGAAGCCUAGUUAGAUUACAGGCACUGGUAAGGGGUCACCUAGUGAGGAAACAGACAGCAGCAAUGGUGAGACGCAUGCACUCUCUUAUGGUCAUUCAACUAAGGGCUCGUGUUCAAAGAGUUCAGAUGACCAAAGAAGCACAUACCCCAAACUCAAGAAAGAGUCAGAAAGUAUCACCUGGGAACAAUCAACUUACCAGAGCCUGCAGCAUUGAAAAGAUGGAUGUUAGCAUUCAAGAAAAAGGGAGAGUUCAGAAGAACAAUAGCACGAAAAACAGAUCUUCUGGAAUGGAAAAUGGAUUGAGCACCUCUGAGUCUCGUUGCCUUUCACUGUCAAGGAGAAGUCAUCAAGUACUUCAGACAUGUCCAAGUCCCUCUACACUGAGUGAUAUGAGCACAAUAAGUUAUGACAGGCAUUUAGAGGAUUUUUCCUUCAAGACGCCAGAAAAAGGUUUUGAACAUUGCUCUAAUGUGUCAACAACCACAUCUUCCAAAACCCCAUUUUCCAUUCCACACUCAGAAAAACCGAACUCCAUUUUUUCUAGUGCUACUUUAGCACUAACAUACAUGUCCAAUACAGAAUCCUCAAGAGCAAAAGCUAGGUCACAUAGUGAACCCAGACAACGACCCAAUUGGAGCAUUAUAAGAAAAAGCAAGCGCACACCAUCAAUGGAUGGGAUAACAGGCAUACCUGACUCUAGAAGGGAAGAAACACCUACUCACAGCAGGAGACACAAUGUCCCAGAAAGCCAUGAAGCCUGGUUACUUAAGCUCUACAAACAAGCAAAGUCUAUCAAGCAUGUCAAGGUUGAUUCCGCCAGCAUAGUGUCCGCCGUUUGACCUCUGGAAGAUCUCUCACUGUCUAUAAGGUAAGAGUGACUAGCACAUGAGAUUUAUAGCUAUGUAUUGCUCUCUCUCAGCCAUUUACAUCAGCCUCCUCUGAGCACGUACUGGUUCCAUCUUGCCCAGUGAAACUCCAUUUUCCUUAAAAUAUCUCUGUUAUUAGAGCAUCCAAGUGCACAAGGAGAACUGCAACCUAAUACCAAAAAUUGGGGCAACACCCAAUUUCUAAUGAAAACUGAUGUUUAAAUUCUUUA